GCCCAGCUGGGCUGCAGGAAGCUGCUGACGAUGGCGAAGGCGUUUCGCUGUCCGGCCCGUCACGGUUACGCUGUGGAGGCGUCCCCGUUCCUCCGCGGCAGAGUGGCCUGCGCUGCCUCGCAGUACUACGGCAUCGCUGGUUGCGGCAGCCUGCUGGUCCUGGAUGAGACGACGGAGACGGGCGUCACUCUGGUGAGAAGCUGGGAGUGGGGUGACGGCCUGUUCGAUGUGGCGUGGAGCGAAGCCAACGAGCACGUCAUGGUGGCCGGGGGCGGGGACGGCAGCCUGCAGCUGUGGGACACAGCCAAUCACAGCGCUCCGCUCAGAGUGGCCAAAGAACACACACACAAGAGGUGAGACGUGUAUGCCGUGGACUGGAGUCAGACUCGAGGGGAGAACUUGAUUGUUUCGGGUUCGUGGGAUCAAACCGCUAAAGUCUGGGACCCCGCUCUCAGCCGGCCGCUGACCACGCUCAGGGGUCACGAGGGGGUCAUCUACAGCACAAUUUGGUCGCCUCACAUCCCAGGAUGCUUUGCUUCAGCCUCAGGUGACGGGACGCUCAGAGUUUGGGAUGUGAAGAGCGCCGUGUGUCGAUUGGCCAUCCCAGCGCACAAGGCUGAAAUCCUCAGCUGUGAUUGGUGCAAAUACGACCAGAAUAUUGUGGCCACAGGCUCAGUGGACUGCAGCAUGUGUGUGUGGGACCUGAGGAACGUCAGACAGCCUGUCAAUCAACUGCGAGGCCACACUUACGCCAUCCGCAGAGUCAAGUUUUCUCCGUUUGCUAAGACGGUGUUGGCGUCCUGCUCGUACGACUUUACUGUCCGGUUCUGGGACUACAGCAGGAACCAGCCUCUUCUGGACACCGUGGAGCAUCACUCUGAGUUUGUCUGCGGACUCGACUUCAACCUGCAUAUCCCCAACCAGGUGGUGGACUGUUCCUGGGAUGAGACGGUGAAGAUCUACACACCCGCCUGUCUGUCCGCUGAAACACACAGUACAGCACCGUAAAACACACACACACACUCACAGGUACUACAACACUGAGGACUUGCUGUUGAGUGUCAUGAGUCGUCUGGAGGAUUACCUUUCCCCUAAAUGUUCUUCUGAAGAUGAAGUUAUUUCUCACAGCGGCUUUGCUUUUUUACACGGAAACAAACAGUUAUCAUGCCUCUCCAGUGUGUGAUUAUAGACAGCAUGCAGCUUUAGCCUCUGGAAGUCCCCAAAUAGAGUCCCCACAAUGUCAUAAAUACACACACACACACACACACACACACACACACACACACACACACGUGUUUAGUCCCACCAAGAUGCACCUUCAUAUAAUUUGCAGGCUGCAAAGAUUCAAAAUGUAUCUGAGGCUGGAUGAACACGUAGCGUUGAUGUUUCUGUGAAUGAAUCAUGUAAAUCAGCGAGUGUGAUCCAUAAUAUCCGUGUUAUUAUCCGCUCCGUCUUUAUCUCUCUGAUAUUUCCGUUAACUGGAGAGGGAAAAAAGUCAAUUGUGACUAAUUGAACCCCUGAAAUGUCAUCAGUGUAGAUAUGGUGUCGAUGAUUUUCUGUAUGUGCCUACAAUAAAAAUGUAAAUAUCA